CCUUCAUCCGGGAAUCUGGUACGAACUCGCUCUCCAACAUGGCGGCGCCAGCUAAGAAGAAGGGGAAUAAGAAGGGGAAGACCCUGACCCUCACUGACUUCCUGGCAGAGGACAAUGGGAGUGGAGGCAAUGCUCCACCACCGCAACCCAGCUAUGCCAAGUCCACCAGCUGGGCUGACGAGACGGAUGACCUGGAGGGAGAUGUGUCCACCUCCUGGCACUCAGGGGAGGACAGUUAUCGGGCCCCGGCCAUAGAUCGCAACAUCCUGCCCACGGCGCCACGGUCGGCCCGCGAGCCCAACGUGGACCGGGCACGCCUCCCCCGCAGCCCCCCCUACACCGCCUUCCUGGGCAACCUGCCCUACGACGUCUCCGAGGAAUCUAUCAUGGACUUCUUCCGGGGCCUAGCGAUCAGUGCUGUGCGCUUGCCACGGGAGCCCAGUAACCCAGAGAGGCUGAAGGGCUUUGGCUACGCCGAGUUUGAUGAUGUGGACUCCCUCCUGAGGGCGCUGACUCUCAAUGAGGAGAACCUGGGAAACCGCAGGAUCCGGGUGGAUAUUGCAGAUCAGUCCAACGACAAGGAGGGGAGAGAUAAUGGCCAGAUGGGCGGACGGGACAGGAUGGGCCGUAUGGGAGACAUGGGGGGCCCCGACAAGACAGACAGUGACGACUGGAGGGCCCGGCCCACUGCUGACGCUGAUGACGGACCCCCAAAGAGAGAGGAAUCCGCUUUCGGGUCACGCGACCGCUAUGGAGACCGUGACGGUCCGAGACGGGACAAUGACCGCGGAUUUGGCGGCGACCGGGACCGCGGAUUUGGCGGCGACCGGGACCGCGGAUUUGGCGGCGACCGGGACGGCGGCAGAGACCGUGGCUUCGGCGGCAGAGACCGCUAUGACGACCGGGGAGGUGAGAGCGGAGCCUUUGGCUCCCGCAGGGACCGGGAUGAUGGCGGGCGACGUGCCUUUGGCAGUGGCUACCGCCGUGAUGAUGACGGGGGUGGUGGUGGCCGCUACGGGGAACGGGAUCGCUACGGCGGGGACAGAGAGGACCGAUAUGAGAGGCGCGAGGAGAGAGGAGGUGAGGGUGGUACCACCCAGAGACCCAAGCUGGUCCUGAAGCCACGCAGCACGCCCAAGGAGGAGGAGCAGGCCCGCAGCGGUGGUGGGGGAGCUGCCCCAGCUGCUCCAGCGACUGCCCCCAGCUCCGGCCGUGCCUCCAUCUUCGGAGCAGCCAAGCCCGUGGACACUGCAGCCAAGGAGCGGGAGGUGGAGGAGAAACUCCAGAGGCAGCUGGAAGAGGACAAGACCAGGGGCUUUGAUAGGAAACCCCGCGACAGAGACAGGGACCCAAGUUGGAGGAGUGAGGAGCCACCUUCUGAGCGACCUGCUACACGCUCCCGCACAGGAAGUGAGUCAUCACAGACGGGAAGUACAUCUGGAGGAAGAGUCUCGCGGCGCAGAGAGAGCGAGCGAUCAGUUGAGAAUGAAGUAUUCAGUGGUAAGGAAGACGACCCUCCCUCUCCCGGAGCUCGCCCUACUUCCGCCAACUCUUCCACAUCUUCCUCCAAGGAGCCCCUCAAGGUGAUGCCCGCACCACCACCCAAGGAGAAUGCCUGGGCCAAGCGCCCUGCGGUGAGCGCAGGGUCCACCCCUGUCUCCCCCAGUGACGCGGCAUGUCCCAAACUGAGCUCAAGUUCUGCAGAUGAAAGAGGAUCUGGAAGGGAAGAGAAUAAAGUGGACGGUGUGCGUCGGGACCGGGGCCCCCCACGGGGGAGAGGGGGGGCUGCGGGGCCUGGAGCAGGGCGGGGCCGAGGAGAAGGGGCCAACAGAGAUCGACGAAGGGAGGAAGACAGAAAGGAUAACAGAAGAGACCGGGACUCAAGACCAGCACCAGAGCCAAAGAAAUACGAAGAGUCCCCAACUCCCGUGAGUCCUGGUGUCACAUCAAGUGCUCUUGACCCACCCCAUAGUGGAUUUGGAUUUUCCUCAAACUCCCACACAAAAUUCAGCUCAGCCAGUAAAUACGCCGCUUUGCUAAUGGACAGCGAGCAAGGAGACGACGCGGAGGACCGCGUAGAAUAAAGCCAGAGCGGUGGAGUGAAAAGAAGAUCCAGCCAAUGAAAGAAUCUCACAUUAAAUAUGAAAGUCUCCUCACCUGGUGUAGAGGCACCUGGGAGGUCGUCACUCCUACCUACUUUCCUUACUCGUAACCCUCCCUCCCCUACCCUUUUCAGGACUUUUCAGUUUCUAAAAAGAAUAGUCAUAUACUGACUUGUUUUAAAUGGAGAAGGAAAGGAAUAGUCGACACAAGAAAAUAUGGAAAAUUGAAUUAAUUGUAAUAAAUAAAAAAGUGGGGUAAAAACAAA